AUGCCACAGCUUUGGGCUGUGUUGACAAUCAAUUUUGUUCUCUAUUGUUUGUGUGCUUGUCUUGUGUUCAUCUCUUUUAUACUCAGCGAUGGCAUUCGUUAUGAAUUCUCAAAUUCUGACACUCUUGCCUGUACCUCUGACCAGGGUCUUCUUCAAGCUGUUAUCACUCCAGAGCAAGAUCCGACUCUUUCUGGAAAAGACGCCGUUUCCUUUCUGUCUAAUUUGUCUCUCUAUAACAUUAUAAAGAGACGAUUGUUUCAUAUUUUUAAUGAUCAAGGAGUGACAGCAAGAAGGCAAAUGCGACUGCACAAGAGAGCACCAUCACCUACUAAACCACAGCAUUCAGUGCCCGACCGCCGGAGGUAUAAACGAUCACUAUCUUGUAGUCGUGAAAUCACCCAUAAGAAGCGGAGAGCUUUUACAGACUUUCAAUCAACAAUCAGAUUUAUCAGACUUACUUAGAGAUGAACCACUGCUCUGCUUGUCAUCUCGACAAUUGUCAAAUCAAGACUUAUGUAGUUGUACUAAGUUUGUGAUAAUGUGAGC